AGAUUAUCCGCCCAUUCUUUUAUAUUUGUGUUUCGCUGUCGCGGCUGCCGGCGAUCUCGCUGUUCCGACACCGAAGCCGGUGAAUGUGAGCCUGGUGACGGCCGCCGUCCGCCGCCAUGGCGAAUUACCUCGCCCAAUUCCAGGCCAUCAAGAACACCUCCGAUCGCCUCGUCGUGGCAGUUGAAGAUGUGAGUGACUUGUGGCCUAGUGUAAAAGAAGGUUUAGAAAAACGCUUGCCUUUGAAGAAGGCCAGUUUAAAUAACAAGACAAGGAAUCCUGUCUAUGUGGAGAAUCUUCAGGCUGAGUUCAUAUUAACCACUGAUUCAAGGUUGCGUAGCCGGUUUCCCCAAGAACAGUACCUCUUUUGGUUUCGAGAACCGUAUGCAACUAUCGUUCUAGUUAGCUGUGAGGACCUUGAUGAAUUCAAGACGAUCCUAAAGCCUAGGUUGAAGUUAAUUGUGCAAAAUGAGGAACGCGAAUGGUUUAUUGUCUUUGUAUCAAAAGCACACCCCAAUAAUGACCAAGCAACUAAAAAUGCAAAGAAGGUUUAUGCAAGACUGGAGGUUGAUUUUAACACCAGAAAAAGAGAAAGGUGCUGCAAAUUGGACUUAAAUGGAGUAGAUGCAAGCUUCUGGGAGGACUUUGAUUUCAAGAUAGUGGAAUCUAUCAGAAAUACAUUAGACAGACGUGCCCAGUUUUAUGAAGAGGAAAUAAGGAAAAUGAGUGAACAACGUCUAAUGCCAGUCUGGAACUUCUGUAAUUUCUUUAUUUUGAAGGAGAGCUUGGCUUUCAUGUUUGAGAUGGCACAUCUCCAUGAAGAUUCAUUACGUGAAUACGAUGAGCUUGAACUUUGCUAUAUAGAAACAGUUAGUACUCCUGGAAAACAAAGGGAUUUUGGAGGAUUGGAACAUGGUGAUGAUCAGGCUGCAUUAUUGAAGCCUGGAUUCAAACCUUUAUCUCAAAUUGUCCAGGAUGAUUCAUUCAGAGAAUUUGAGUUCAGACAAUAUUUAUUUGCACGCCAAGUGAAGCUACUAUUUAGAUUAGGUCGUCCAUUAGAGGUCGUGAUGAGGGGCUAUUCAUUCAUUAUCAGCUUCUCAAAGACACUGGCUUUGCAUGAAAACACCCUUCCUUUCUGUUUGCGUGAAGUGUGGGUGAUAAGUGCUUGCUUAGCUAUUAUCAGUUCAACUUCGUCAACUUAUGAUGGACUUGCUGCACCUGAUAAUGAGAAGGAAUUUUAUCGUUUACAUGGAGACCUUUAUUCACUUUGUCGCAUUAAGUUCAUGAGACUUGCAUAUUUGAUCGGUUAUGGAGUUGAAAUAGAGAAAAGUCCUGUCAACAGUGCUUCGUUAAGCAUGUUGCCCUGGCCAAAGCCAUCUAUUUGGCCAGCUGUUCCAGAAGAUGCUUCCGCUAAAGUGCUUGCAAAGGAAAAGCUGAUUCUUCAAGCAAACCCCAGAAUGAAGCACUUUAAUAUUCAGAGAAAACAAUUGCCGUUAGAACCUUCUUCACUUCUACGAGAAGCUAAUAGACGAAGGGCUUCCCUUUCUGUUGGAAACUUAUCUGAGUUAAUUGAUUACCGUCAAAUAGAUGGUUCAGGUAUAGAUGGACACCAAAAAUUUUCUCCAAGUACAACAAAUUCAAUGUCACGAACAUACUCUGGACCAAAUUUGGAAAGUUCUUUGUCCCUUGAUCGCCCUAUGAGGAUAUCAGAAGUCCACGUUGCAGCUGAGCAUGCACUCGAGAAUACAGUUACUGAUCCAGAUUUGUUAAAAUCCUUAUCUUCUUUGGAAGAAUUCGAACAAAAGUAUAUGGAACUAACAAAAGGAGCUGCUGAUAAUUACCAUCAUUCAUGGUGGAAGAGGCAUGGUGUUGCACUUGAUGGAGAAAUUGCAGCUUUAUGCUUUAAACAUGGAAAUUAUGAUUUAGCUGCAAAGUCCUAUGAGAAGGUUUGUGCUCUAUAUGCCGGGGAGGGGUGGCAGGACCUCUUGGCUGAAGUCUUGCCAAACCUUGCAGAGUGUCAGAAGAUACUUAAUGACCAAGCUGGAUACCUCUCAUCUUGUGUUCGCUUGUUGUCUCUGGAGGAUGGUUUAUUCUUGGCUAAAGAACGACAAGCUUUUCAGUUAGAGGUUGUUCGUCUUGCACAUAGUGAAAUGAAACAUCCAGUACCCCUUGAUGUUUCAUCGCUGAUCACAUUUUCAGGCAAUCCUGGUCCACCACUUCAGUUAUGUGAUGGAGACCCUGGUACACUUCCAGUAACUGUUUGGAGUGGCUUUCCUGAUGAUAUUACUUUGGAGUCUCUUAGCUUGACACUUACAAAUACUCUUAAUACAGAUGAAGGUGUCAAGACAAUAAAAAGUUCAGAUGCUCAUAUUCUCAAACCUGGUAGGAAUGUCAUCAAACUUGAUGUGCCUCCACAAAAGCCAGGUUCCUAUGUUCUUGGAGUUCUUACAGGACAGAUUGGCAACUUGAGGUUUAGAUCCCAUAACUUUUCAAAAGGUGGGCCGCAAGAUAAUGAUGAUUUUAUGAGUUAUGAGAAACCAACCAGACCUGUUCUGAAGGUGCUCAAGCCAAGAACUCUAGUGGAUAUUUCUGCUGCAGUAUCAUCGGCUUUGUUAAUGAAUGAACUCCAAUGGCUUGGACUUAUAGUGAAGCCAAUAGACUACUCUCUCAAGGGUUCUCUUUUAAGCAUAGAUACUGGUCCUGGGUUGAUGAUUGAUGAGUCUCAUACAAUUGAUAUUAAUGAGUAUGCAAAAACAAUGGAGGAUAAAGUUCAUGCACAUGAUUCCAACACUAUUACAGAGAAUAACACUCAUCCUCUAGAACCUAAACAGCUUUAUAUUGAAAAUGGUAAAAUAGCAUUGCCAGAUUGGGCUAGUGACACAAGUACAACCUUAUGGUUUCCAGUCCAUGCUAUUGAUGACAGGAUGGCGAGAGCAGCAUCUGCAGUUUCAUGUGCAGAUAGCCCUCACAGGCAGAACAUGGUUGAUGGCAUGAGAACAAUUGCCUUGAAACUUGAAUUUGGAGCUUUCCGAAACCAAAUAUUUGAAAGGACCAUUGCUGUGCAUUUCACUGACCCAUUCUAUGUCACUACAAGGGUUGCCAAUAAAUGCAAUGAUGGCACUUUACUUUUGCAGGCGACGAUACACUCCCAAGUAAAAGCUACAUUGUGCUUAUAUGAUGCGUGGUUAGACCUUCAAGCUGGAUUUGUGCAUGUGAGGAAGGAAAAUGGGAGACCUGUUUCAAGUUUUUUCCCUCUCGUGAUUUCUCCAUCUUCUACUGCAGGAAUCUUGUUUAGUAUUUGUAUAGAUAAUAUGGCUAUUGCAGCAGAUCAAAAUGAGGUUGUCCAGGCAGAGAGUAUUUUGAAUGUUAUGUAUGGAAUUUCUGGUGACCGAAGUAAUGGAGCACAUUCGCCUACAUCAUUGAAGCUUGGAAGCAGUGACAAAUUAUUUUUUAAGGUUGCUAUUGCUUUACAGAGGCCCAUUCUUGAUCCAUGUAUUGCAGUUGGUUUUGUUCCUUUUUCUUCUAAUUGUCUAAGAGUUGGACAACUGAUUAAUAUGAAAUGGAGAGUUGAAAGGCUGAAAGAUCUGGAAGCUAGCCCAUCAUCCUCAUGUAAAGAUGAGGUGCUUUAUGAAGUUGAUGCCAAUCCAGAAAUCUGGAUGAUUGCUGGGAGGACCAUGGGACAUGCACUGUUGUCAAAUGCGCGAGGUUCAAGAACAGAAAUCACAGUGACAUGCAUGCCACUGGUUUCUGGGCAUGUUCGUCCCCCCCAGCUGGGUUUACCGGCAAUGGAUGAUGCAAACAUCAGUUGCAAUCCACCAGGACCUCACUUGGUGUGUGUACUGCCUCCCACCUUGAGCUCUUCUUACUGUAUUCCUGCAUGAUUUUACCAGGAAUUUGUGACUUGUAUACACGUAGCUAAUUACUCCAUGCAAUUUUGGGUUGUAAAAUUAGGUUCCAACAGAACAUGUAGCAACUUUGAUAGGGUUUUUGCUUGUACCAUUAUUCUUGUACAUGUAAAUUGUAUGCCAAAAAGGAUGUCGUGUGGGUGUGUCGUGGCCCGCGGUAGACCAGCUUAAAUUUCUAUCACAUCGCUGCAUUUUGCUACAAGAUCACGUUUCUCUUUCUGAUAUCCAAAUUCCUAUAACAUUCUAUCAUAUUAUUACAGUUAA